UUUCUCCCUUUUCUUUUUACCCUGGUAUCACAAAAUACACAGGUUCAAAACCCAAGCACACCUCCUUCUCCUCCACCACCUCUCCUCCACCCCUCCACCACCACCGCCGCCGUCACACUGCACCACCUCAGCCUGCCGUCGUCGCUCUCACUCCACCACCUCAGCCAGCCUCGGAUUAUUGUCAACAGAGGCUGACUUCCGCCACUCUCUCACUCCUUCACAAACCCUAACAAACAACCACUUGAGUAGCAACACGAAGCUCAAAUCUCACCACAAGUUACACCUGUUUGUUUAUCUCAGAUCUGUUUGUUUUUCUUAUGUGAUCCCGCACUUAUGGCGUGAGUUAACGUUAAGUCUUGUUAAGAUGAAAAAAAGGGAAUGAUGGCAAUUAGUUAAAGGACUAGUUUUGUAAUUCACUCUACCAACUACUGUUAGCAAAACCUUCCGCCGCCGUCCCAUGGCGAUCUCCGCCGCCCCCAAACGGAAACCACCGAAGAGAAGAUCGGAAAGUGUUAUUCAAAAGAUUUACAAGAACCCCAAAACCCCCUUUGCGUUUGCUCUGCUUCUUGCUGAUGCUGUUCUUACUGCCCUCAUCAUCGCCUAUGUUCCUUAUACAAAGAUUGAUUGGGAUGCUUACAUGUCACAGGUUGAUGGAUUUAUCGAAGGAGAAAGGGAUUACGGCAAUCUUAAAGGGGAUACAGGACCUUUGGUUUAUCCGGCAGGGUUUCUUUAUAUAUAUUCCGCCAUACAGUAUGUUACGGGAGGCGAGGUCUAUCCUGCCCAGAUUCUCUUUGGCUUUCUCUACAUUGUGAAUCUUGGAAUAGUGCUAUUCAUCUAUGUGAAGACUGAUGUGCUACCUUGGUGGGCCCUCACUUUGCUUUCUUUAUCUAAACGGUUGCAUUCGAUCUUUGUUCUUCGCUUGUUCAACGACUGUUUUGCUAUGACUCUUCUUCAUGCUUCUUUGGUUCCACUUCUUUAUCAGAAAUGGCAUCUUAGCUUAAUUAUUUUCAGUGCAGCUGUUUCAGUGAAGAUGAAUGUGCUGCUUUAUGCUCCACCUUUGCUCCUUCUCAUGGUUAAGGCCAUGGACUUCAUCGGGGUGAUAUCAGCUUUAACAGGUGCAGCAUUAGUGCAGAUUCUGUUGGGGUUACCGUUUUUGUGGUCAUAUCCAAUUGAAUAUCUAUCUAAGGCCUUCAAUCUUGGGCGCGUGUUCAUCCACUUCUGGUCUGUCAACUUCAAAUUUGUCCCGGAACCAGUUUUUGUGUCAAAGGAGUUUGCUCUCAUCUUACUGGUUGUUCAUCUAGGUCUUCUUUUGAUUUUUGUGCAAUAUAGAUGGUGCAAGCAUGAAGGAGGAUUAGCUUCUUUCUUGCGUUCUAGAUUUGUUCAAAUGCGGCUCAACACAAGCAUUACCAGUUCUUUCCCUCUUAAGAAAAGUCGCAACUCUAGCUCCGGAACAAAGAUUCUUAAAAAAGAGCAUGUUGUUACAACCAUGUUUACUGGCAAUUUUGUUGGCAUCGUGUGUGCUCGGUCUUUGCAUUACCAGUUCUACUCCUGGUAUUUCUAUAGCUUACCAUAUCUUUUGUGGAGAACACCUUUUCCGACAGUUGUCAGGCUGCUGUUGUUUGCAGGGGUGGAGUUCUGCUGGAAUGUUUUCCCCUCCACUGUCUACUCAUCCCUUGUGCUUCUAUGUGUACACAUAAUCAUCUUGUGGGGUCUGUGGCGGGCCCCACCUGAGUAUCCAUACGAAAAUGACCGAUCCCAAGCUGGAAUGAAAGCCAGUUGAUCAUUAAUCCUGCUUUGUUUGCUUUUUUGGGAGAUAUUUCCAUUUUUGUUCUGAUCUUUUUUAUUUUAAAUAUUAACUUUUCAUGACCUGUAACAGUUGGAAACUUGAUUGCAAAUCAACAAAUAUGUGAUACAACUCUUCAAAAUAUAGAUGAAAUUGUCAAUUUAGAUGGUA